AUGAUUGACCAACUUAUUUUUGAGAAUCUCCAGACGAAAAUUGACGAGGAGUCUACCGUUCGUGAUGAACUACACGAGAUUAUCCAGUCGCUUGCCAGGAGAGGAUAUCUGUUCCAGCUGGGACGGCACUUCCGGGUUGACGUCGCGGCUUGGAGUCAGGAACUGACCGUAGAUUAUGCAGGCCGUUCCACGCAGGCUAUUCUGUCACGGGCUCAUUCCACGCCUGCCGAUCAGUUGAAGCCUGUCCUGGGCGAUGCCACCAAAGAGAUCCUUGCACAGAAGCAGGAGGUCGCUCGCCUGAGGGCUGUGGCAGAUAAACAUCCAUUUUACAAGUACAAUGGGUUGUGGACUCGUGAGCUCCAGAACUUGGUCGCAUCCAUUGAGCUUUGCGCGUGGCUGGGCGGUCUGCAAGAGCACAAGGGACCCAGCUCGACAUCGUUCAUGACUAUCGAGGAUGUGGGCAAGUUCCUGGAAAUCCCUGUCAACCUCAAGGAGGAAGACGCCUUCCACCUUACUAUCGAGGAGUAUCUGCUCGCAUUGAUCGCCAUGGUCGAGGAACUGUCUCGCUUGGCUGUUAACUCGGUCACCCUGGGUGACUAUAACCGCCCCAUGGAGAUCAGUAACUUCAUCAAGGAACUGUUCGCCGGAUUCCAGCUCUUAAACUUGAAGAAUGAUAUCCUGCGCAAGCGCAGCGAUGGAAUCAAGUACAGCGUCAAGAAGGUCGAAGAUGUUGUCUACGACCUAUCGCUACGGAACCUAGUUCCUAAGGGGGGCGCCUCUGCUUAG